GCGAGUCAUUUUGGCGUAACCCAUCUGUACAGCUCAAUGUGUGAUGUGGUCGCUUGCCGCUAAGUGCGACACAAAUAUCGGGUUUUAUCUUUUAAAUUAUUGCAAUUCUACCGAAUGCUGGCGUAGCUCCGUUAAGUCGCUUCCUGCCUGAACGUAAUGAGUGGACAAUAGUCCUCAUUCAAUAUAGUCUUCAUAGAGUUGACUAUAUAGGCCAGCUGCAAGGAUGACCCAUGUGGAGGAGUCUCCGACCGAAGGAGAAGGCAGUCCCCAGAUCAUCUCCCUCGGGUCAGAAUCGUCGACGAACCACGUAGAUGACGGAGACGUGGGACCGUCCGUGAGGAGAAAGAGGAGGAGAAAACGAGAGCAGCGUCCCGAGUCCGUCAUCGUCUAUCGCUGCGACAUGGCGCGAGGCCCCGGUGAGGACCAAGGAGGCGAAGAAGAGGGAGCUGAGAGGAGCACUGAGGAGGGAGCCAAGUUCCUCUGUACACCCACAAAUGAAGACGGAGGCUGGAGCCUUCCUCCAGACAGCCGCUACGUAACCUUGACGGGCACCAUCACGCGGGGCAAGAAGAAAGGCCAGGUGGUGGACAUCCAUGUGACCAUGACGGAGAAAGAGCUCCGCGAGCUGGCCAAGUCCAGGGAGCGUCUCGACGCCGAGUGCGAGGCCGGGGAGGACUCCAAGCGGUCAUGCAGCCUGGGUGUGUGCCGGGGGCCUCACGUUGUCCUGUGGAGCAUCUCCUGCGCCCCUGUGGUCUUCCUGCUCUCCUUCAUCACGUCCUUCUACUAUGGCACUCUGACCUGGUACAACGUCUUCCUGGUGUACAACGAGGAGCGGACGUUCUGGCACAAAAUCACCAUCUGCCCUUUCCUUAUCAUCUUCUACCCCGUGCUCAUCAUGCCCGUGGCGCUGUCCCUGGCGCUAUACUCAGCCGUGGUGCAGGUGUCUUGGGCCUUCAGCCGGUGGUGGCAUGCCGUGAGGGACCUGGAGAAGGGAUUCUGCGGCUGGGCCUGCGGGAAGAUGGGCCUGGAGGACUGCUCCCCUUACAGCAUCAUCGAGCUGCUCGACUCCGACACCGUCUCGAGCACGCUGCAGAGCAAAGCCCCCAGGGAACUCGCCCAGACGUCGUCGGUGUGAAACUGGAUGGAACCAGUUCACGUGCUGGAUAGGCGUAAACAAGUGCAAUGAAGAAGACAGAGUGCUACCUUUGAUAACGUCAUGAACAGCAAAAACGACAAUAGAUACAAUACUGUGCAAUCGUCUUGGGCUUCCAUUAGAUAUGUCACGCGGGUGAGCUUGAGUUGAUCCCGGCUGACUUUGAGCAAGAGGCGGAGUACAACCUGGACUAGUCGUCAGUCAAUUGCAAGCACCAAAUAGACAAACUGACAAACUUAUGAACAAUUUAAUUUAGAAUCUUUAAUGAAGCAGACGUGCAGACCACUAUCACACCGUGUUGUCCUAUAAUAACCAUAUAUACCACAUUUCUGCAUACAGUCAAAGAAAGUACCAUUUAGUACCAUUGCAUUUAUUACUCCUCUGGCUUUUAUUUAAUAAGUUAUUAAUUAGAUUAUUAAAUAUAUAUAUUCUAAUACCUCCACAGAUAAACUGUUGAAGUAUCAUAACAUAUGUCCCAAAAUAUAUUAUCCAAAAUAGACAGUGCUGUAUUAUAUUUACAGUUAUUUGUAUUCACAUAUAUUUUAAUUAUUGUUCAUUAUUUUAUUUACAUAUUACAUUUAUAAUAAUACAUUAUCCAUCAUCAAUUCUCUGAACUGCCAGUAUCAAAAUAAUUCCUUUUUAAAAUUACUCUAAAUUAUGAGAGCCACCAAUUGGCAUCAGCUUUUUUUUUUUUUUUUUUUUUUGAGAGAGGGUAAAAAGAGGCAUCUUAUUGCUCAAGUGGACACAACCAGUGAUUAAUUAAAACACGACAUCAAUUAGAGUGGAGGCUACUAUUUAAGGAAAUAUGGUCCACUUGUCCAUUGUCUAAAACAUGUCCGCCUUUUUUUAUUAUUCCUAGUCAGAUUCUCACCAAAAUCAAACUUCUUCUUUGGCACAUGCACCACCCCUUAGCAAAAUUUGGUGCGCAACUAUCGACUGUUUCACGUUGUCAGUGUGACUUCUGUGAAAAUGGGACUAAAUCAACAAGCUAGUCGUGGACUUUUGCACACUAUUGUAUGUUUCUAGUAUUCACAAACACGUCUCUGAUUCACAAUUAUUUCAUGAAAAAGUUUACUUAACGUAUCACCAUUAGUCACUUUUCUCUGGACUAUCGUUACACUAUUUCCCUUUUAUGCUGACUUAAAAUGUUUUCCGACGCCAAGGUUUUUCACUCUCAACUGUAUGGAAGUGUUUGUAUUUAUAAUCAAUUCACACCACUGUCCACUGUUUUUUUUUCUGAGUUUUAAAAGUCUGUGAGACGUCUCACCUCUGUGUUCACUGUAAGCAUUCAUUACGCAGGCUGUCUGUUAUCUUGAACUGUUUCACGUUCACAUCAUUGUAAUUGAAAUUCUCCCAGUGAGAAUCCUUUGUUACAUUUUCUAUGUGUUGAAUGUUUGUUUAAUUUAUUGUAAUACAUGUAUUUAAGUGUAGAUACAAGUGUUGAAGAUAUUUGUUUUAUACUGAGAUUUUUUUUUCUGAAUUUUCUAUUUGUUGUGAUUUGAACAUUGCACACGUGUAUGAUAAGUAUGACCUCAAAACAGUGAACAUGUAAUGUCAUGUUUUUCAGACGGCCAGGUAAUUGGAACUUUUUGCAUCCUAUGUUAUAUAUUCAGCAUGGAAAACGGUUUGACAAAUAAAAAGAUAAACUUGUU